AUGACAGUGCUCAAGCGCUCGCCUCUUAACAGGGCAGACGAACUGGAGGCUCUCAUCGAUGCAGUCAAGUCGCUAAUCGUGCCCUUUGUACGAGACGCCGACGAAGGCGCUCCUUCGAAGAUCGAUGGAGGUGCCUCAGUUGCCAACUCGCGCUGGAACUCGCUGGUCGAGCCGUGCGAGCCACUAGAUCUCGUGUCUAAGCUUGCGUUCGCGCUUCCUGAACGCGAGGGCCGCGGUAGAGAGGGCUUGCUGCAGGUUAUUCAACAGAUCCUGCGCUUCUCCGUUAAUACCUGGGACCAAGGAUUUUUGGAUAAGCUAUAUUCCAGCACCAACGCCGUAGGGGUAGUAUCUGAGCUACUUUUAUCCGUGCUCAACACGAAUGUGCACGUUUACCAAGUCUCCCCUGCGCUCACAGUGAUCGAAAAGACGACGGCCCGGGGCCUGGCGGGCCUCUUUGGCUUUGACGGACCUCGGGCCGGCGGCGUGACAAUAGGGGGAGGGAGCGCGUCCAACCUCACCUCGGUGGUCAUUGCCCGCAACACUCUGUUCCCGUCGACAAAGGCAGAUGGCAACGGCGACCACCGCUUCGCUCUCUUCACGAGCGAGCAUGGCCACUACUCCGUCGAGAAAGCCGCCUCUGCGUGCGGGAUCGGCUCUUCAGGCGUCCGAACCGUGCCUGUGGACGCCAAGGGUCGCAUGGUGCCCUCGGCGCUGCGCGACGCCGUCCUUGCCGCCAGGGGAGAGGGCAUGACGCCGCUCUAUGUCAACGCGACCGCCGGCACCACGGUGCUCGGCUCGUUCGACCCGUUCGAGGAGAUCGCGGCCGUUUGCAGGGAGUUUGGGCUCUACAUGCACGUGGACGCUAGCUGGGGCGGCUCCGCCGUCUUUUCGGCGCGCCACCACCACCGCCUGGCGGGCGCGCACCUCGCCGACUCCAUCACCGUCAACCCGCACAAGAUGCUUAACGUGCCCGUCACGUGCUCGUUCCUGCUCGGGCCAGACAUGGACGUCUUCCACCGGGCCAACACGCUGCCGGCCGGCUACCUCUUUCACGGCGGCGGAGGCAACGCGGCGUCGGGCGAGCAGGGGAACGCCGAGGUGUGGGACCUCGCCGACCUGACGCUGCAGUGCGGCCGCCGCGGCGACAGCCUGAAGCUGGCGCUGUCGUGGAUCUACUACGGCGCGUCCGGGCUCGAGCGCCAGAUCGACGGGGCGUUCGCCAUGGCGGCCUACCUCGCGGGCCUGGUCGAGGCGCACCCGGACUUCACGCUCGUCUCGACGAACCCGCCGCCGUGCCUUCAGGUAUGCUUUUACUACACGCCCUGUGGCGAUGCCAAGGGGCCGGCGGAGAACUCGCGGCGGACGCGGGAGAUGGUGGCGAAGCUGAUCCGCCGCGGCUUCAUGGUCGAUUACGCGCCAGGAGAGCAAGGGAGCUUCUUCAGGGUGGUUGUGAACUGCCAGACUCUACAGGGGACCGUCGAGGGGCUGGUGAGGGCUCUUGAAGCUGUGGGCAAGGAGACUGUCGCAUAA